GGGAGACGGAGCGCGAUGGCGGCGGCCAACUGCUCCCUGACUGUGGACAGGCGGCUCAUUGACGCCAAAUUUGAGAGUUACCGGUUAUCGCUCGAGCCGCUGCCCACCUACACCGUGGACCUGGAUGGCGCUGUUGCUGAGGUGAAACUGCGAGAGGAUCAGUAUACUCUGGACCAUAUGCGUAUCUAUGGCAUGUACAAUUAUUUGCACUGUGAUAGGUGGUAUCAAGACAGUGUCUAUUAUGUCGAUCAACAUGAGAGAGUAAUGCACCUGGCUGUCACUUUGGAUACAGCAAUAAGCAAGCCCAGGGAGGUAUUCCGACUCUCAGCAGAUAUUAAAUCUUGUGAUACACUGGUCUGUGCUUCGAUGCAUUUUACAUCGCCUACAUGGGUAGCCUUAUCUGAUGGAACAGGAAAACUGUACCUCCUCAGAACGAACAACCGUGGACCAAAUAACACUGACAAGUGGGAGAUAAUGUUCCAACAAGAUCUUGGGGAACCCUUUGUGAUAAUUCAUAGUCACUCUUACGCUAAAGACCAUAAAAACUUAAUAGAUGUUGUUUUACUCAAGGCAGAGAAAGAUGAAUCUAACAUCGAGGGAAGUGGAUUUCACUCAGUAAUAGAUUGGCUAACCGUUUCUUGUGAGUUUUCUGAGAGUAGCAAAUGUGAAGUAUUGCGGCACAGAACUAUGAUUGGAAGACUUGCUCCACAUUAUGCAGCUCUGGAACAGGAUGGUACUGGCCUCAUGAUAGCUUCUGCCAAGCCUUUCAUGUUCGUGCAGAUUGAUGGGAAGCCAGUGGAGGAACAGAAAAUGGACACAAGGGAAAAGAAAGAACCAGUAUAUUAUUGGCAGCAGACGAAUGAUGACCUGACUAUAAAUAUUCAGCUUCCAGAAAACACAACAAAACAGAACAUAGAGUUCCAGUUGUCACCAGAUCACUUGCAAGUUGGAGUAAAAGACCAAGUUGGUUUCAUAGAGGGCCAGUUGUUCUCCUCAGUUGACCAUAGCGAGAGCACUUGGACAAUUGCAGAAAAUAGCCUGGAAGUUUUUUUGUUAAAGAAGAAUAAAGGAGUGAUGUGGCCAGAACUUGUCCCUGGUGACAGAAGAGGUGAAUUCACCAUGAACUCCAAUCAAACGUCUGAAAUAAAUGAGCGUCUGCUCCACUUAACCUCUGAAGAACUGAAUGCAGACCCUGAAAAAGACAAGGAACCCUGCAAUGCUGAGGAGCUGGAGGAGUGUGACCGCUUCCCUGAGGAUUCUUCCAGUUUAACUCGAUUUGAUAGUGACACCUUGAAACCAACACAUGUGGUGAACCUGAGCAGUCACCAGUACCUGUUCACGGCUGUGGUGAAUGCAGCUGAAAUGCCAUGUUUGUGUCUGCGCCAUGAUGUUGAUGCACUUUUGUGGCAGCCACAGCCAAAGCAGGAGACCAUGUGGCAACAUAUUGGGACGUUCAAUGCUUUGGGCUAUGUUCAGGCAUCUAAACGUGAGAAGAAGUUUGCAACUUGUGCUCCCGACCAUUCAUACGCUGCUCUGUGUGAAUGCUUCCGACGGGUUUUUAUUUACCGCCAGCCCUCGCCUGUUCAAACCGUGCUGUACAACCGAAAGGAAGCCAGGCAUGUUGGGCAAGUUGCCAAGCAGCAGGUUGCUAACUUGGAAACCAAUGAUCCGGUGUUGGGUUUUCAAGCUACAAGUGAGAGGCUAUUUGUUUUAACAACAAAGAACUUGUUUGUAAUUAAAGUAAAUGCCAAUAGCUCUCAGUAAAAUCAAUGCGCUAGUUCGCAGGCUUUGGGACAACAUGUAAAGCCAUUUGUUACAGUUCUAAUUUAGAUAUGCUUUGCAUAAUUACAAAGCACAUACUGUUAUCUGUUUAUAUAGCUCUGGUUAUCUUGGUUAUUACUGGUGUUAUUCCUUUGAAAAGAUCUAUGCACAGAUGUAACAGAUUGUGCUACUUAAAUGACACAUCUUGGCGAUGCAUAAUUAAAAGUGGUUUCACACUUUGAAA